AUGAAUUCUUCUACACGCUAUCUCUCUCUCCUCUCGGUGCUCGUGGUGUUAGUUAAGGGGAGUCCAGUGCCCAGCGCGCUCUCUGAGCUCAUGACCUCCGGAUGGACCUCAGGAGAGGAGCUCGGGACAGACGGUGAAACGGGCGCGCCCCCGAAGUGGGAGCAAAUUAUCAAGAUGCUCGUUCACGAGGUAACCACCUUGCGCAACCAACAGUUUGUGGAGGAGUUUCAGAAGCCCGUGGAAGAGAUGCCAUCGUUCUCACAGCACCAGGUCCCAUCCACCCCCCCACACCUCUCCAAGAGUCUCUGCUCCACCUCCAACAAGGAGGCAUGUCUGCAGGAGAUCAGUCGGGGUCUGCAAGUGUACCAGCUUCUUCUUCAGCACAUUAAGGCUGAAUACCCUCAAUCAACCCUAGUCCCCUCUGUCACACAACAGACCACUGUCCUGAUAGGGCUGGUCAAAGACCAGAUGAAGGCUGCUGAGGUAGUAGAGGACCUGUCUGCCAGUGAGAGGAAGUGUGUUCUGGGUGAGGUGCCUACAGGGACAGAGUGGGAGAGGAAGACAAGCGUUCACGCCAUCCUUAGGGAGCUACGUAACUUCCUGGUUGACACCAAGAGAGCACUCAGCCGCAUGGGAAAAAGUGGCAAAGACUUCCAGUAA